AGCCCCAGGCGGGGGCUGCGAGUGGCUCGGGCGGGGUGGGCAGGCUCCGCGGGUCCCCCCCCUCCUCCCGGUGCGCUGUCGGUCCCUCCCUGGGAAGAGGCGCUGCCCACCCAAGGAGGCGCCCGGCGCUCCUGCCCCGCUCCCACUCGCUCGAGCAUCCCCGGGCGGGCGGCUCCGCGCUCAACUCCGCUUUCAGGUUGCUUAAAACCUAAGGAGGAAUAACAAAAAAAAACCCCUCUACAUCUGUGUCGCUGCUCCUGCCGCUGCUCGUGGCAGCGGUGAAGAAGAGAAAGGGUUUGUUUUGCCUUUUUUUUUUCUUUUUUUUUUUUUUUUCCCUUGAAUUCAAUGGAUCUGAACUUGGAAUCUUUGGACCUCGGCGGUUUUGGAAUAUCUACAUGCUGAUCCUCUUUGUUGUGGCACAUCAGCUCGCCUGGGGAAACCAUCCGAAGACAGCAAGAUGUUUCUCGCUAUCUUCUACUUCACUUUGCCCUUAGCGGACGUUCUCCUGUCCGCAGAAGUGAGCGGAGGGGGGGACCGCCUGGAUUGCGUGAAAGCCAGCGACCAGUGUCUGAAGGAGCAGAGCUGUAGUACGAAAUUCAGGACACUGAGGCAGUGCGUAGCUGGCAAAGAGAGCAACUUCAGCCGGGCCACGGGCCUGGAGGCCAAGGACGAAUGCAGGAGCGCCAUGGAAGCUCUCAAGCAGAAGUCUCUGUACAACUGCCGCUGCAAGAGGGGCAUGAAGAAGGAGAAGAACUGCCUGCGCAUUUAUUGGAGCAUGUACCAGAGCUUACAGGGAAAUGACUUGCUUGAAGAUUCCCCUUAUGAACCAGUUAACAGCAGACUAUCAGACAUAUUCAGGCUAGCACCGAUUGUAUCAGUGGAGCCAGUACUUUCAAAGGGGAACAAUUGCUUGGAUGCAGCAAAAGCUUGUAACCUAAAUGAUACCUGCAAGAGGUUCAGAUCUGCUUACAUUACCCCCUGCACCAGCAGCACGUCUAAUGAAAUCUGUAACAAGCGGAAGUGUCAUAAGGCCCUCCGGCUAUUUUUUGACAAAGUUCCCCCAAAGCACAGCUACGGGAUGCUCUUCUGCUCCUGUCGAGACGUAGCCUGUACAGAAAGGAGACGGCAGACUAUUGUUCCUGUGUGUUCAUAUGAGGACAGGGAGAAACCAAACUGCCUGAAUUUACAAGAAUCCUGCAAGAAGAAUUACAUCUGCAGAUCUCGCCUUGCAGAUUUCUUCACAAACUGCCAGCCCGAGUCACGGUCGGUUAGUAGCUGUCUGAAGGAGAACUAUGCUGACUGCCUCCUCGCUUACUCGGGGCUUAUUGGCACAGUGAUGACACCAAACUACAUAGACUCGAACAGUCUCAGCGUUGCCCCAUGGUGUGACUGCAACAACAGCGGUAACGACAUAGAUGAAUGCCUGAAAUUUCUGAAUUUCUUCCAGGACAACAUAUGCCUUAAAAAUGCAAUUCAGGCCUUUGGCAAUGGGACCGAUGUGAAUGUGUGGCAGCCAAUCUUACCAGUACAGACCACUACAGCCACAACUACGACGGCUUCUAGACUGAAAAACACAGGUUCAGAGGCCACCAACAAUGAAAUACCCACUCACAAUGAUUCACCAGCAUGUGCAAACCUGCAGGCACAGAAGAAGCGGAAGUCCAACGAAUCUGUAGAUACAGAGCUCUGUCUUAAUGAGAACGCGAUUGGCAAAGACAAUACAGCAGGAGUCUCCACUAGUCACAUAUCUUCGGAGAAUUCGCUCGCUCUUCCUACAAGCUUCUAUCUAAGCACACUGCUCACUCUGAUGACAUUUGCACUCUCGCUCUCUUUGUUCCUAAGCUCAUCAGUCAUCUUGUAGCUGCGUUACAAAUGGACGUGUAAAAAAAGAAAAAAAAUUAUCUGUUUCCUGUCCUCUGUUGUUUAUCUGGAAUUCCAGGUCUGGGAGCUAAGCUGAGGCACUCCUGCUAGAACAGUUUCAGUCAGCUGGAUAUUUUUUUUUCUCUCUCUCUCUAAAAAAGCUUCUUGUGAUAUUUAGAGGCUUUGUGAAAUACUUGGUGCAGUGCUACAUUCCAAACCCAAAAGGCUUUGGGGCAUGCAGUGUUUUAAAGAGACAGAGUGUAAAUUUGCCUGUAAAGCGACCUGGUUGGAUUAUUUUGAUAAUUAUUAUUUUCAUUCUGGCUUUUACUUGGGAAGGAGGAUGGCAGUUUUCUUAAAUCCUAUUUAUCUCAUUGAAUGGUUUUGGUUUUGGUUUUCAAAUUGAUUGAACGUCAGACUAUCAAGGAUGCCAGGCUUUUGUCUAACGGUGAAUGUUCUCCCAGAGAGUGGACUUUAUGAAACUUCAUUUGAUAAAUUGCUACUGAUGUUAAACUCUUUCAGUGUAUUAGCAUUUUCCUCUUUAAAUGUUUAUGUACUGUAAGUGUUUCUGCCUUCCCUGCUGAGAUUCCAUUACAUUUAUAAUUCACACACCGGUGUAAUGUACAUCUUUCAGUUAAAUUCUUACAAAAAUAGAGCGUGGCAUAGAACUUUCUAACAGUAUAUUUAUCUUUUAAUUAUAAUCAUCUAGCCUUAACAAGAAGAUGAUUCUUUGAGUAAACAAGAAGCAGCCAUUGUGAAAGCUUGAUAAAGACGCAUUUCUUUAAAUUUGAGGAUGAAGAGUAGAAACAAAUUUUGCUACAGGGUUUCAGCUGUAUGGUCUUUGGUCUUCUAUGCUUCCAUUGUGAUAAUAUAGUCCAGUUAUUCUACCGUUUGUUUAAUAAAAAUUACUUAAAAUUUAUUUGCUCUACUAAACCAAGGUUAUGUUUGUACGUAGCUAAUAAUAUCAGCUCGAAGGAGUUACAGGAACUUCAUGCCUUACUUCUCUUGUCACAACACUGUAGAGGGAAAAGAGGUAGUAAGAUAACAUUUAAACUGUGUUUUAUUUCUUAGCUUGCUAAAAUCAACACAAAAGGAUGGUUGAUCCAAUUACUAGGCAGCGUCAUGCACACUCACCCAUGUGACAGGCUUUUCUCACUCUGAUAGUUCUUACUGCAGACCUUGGUGCUACUGACAUGAUGAACUGUUUGCAAGACCAGUUCCAUAAAUUGUUUUAAUGGUUUCGAUGGAAAUAUUGCCGGUAUACAUGAUUUGAUGGCUUCGGUUUUCAUUCAGUGACACUGAGAGCCUGUGCUGGCUCAGGAUGACUUCCUGCAGUAUCUAAAAGGAAUUCUUUAAAGCUUUAAGUGUCAUCAAAUAGGCAGCAUUUCUCCUAAGGGCUGUCUUCGUACCUUACCGUGAUGGCUUGUUGACUGUUACAAGCUGUUAUAUCUAAAUGGUCAACGGUAAUCAGUUUUGUUUCUAUGGAAAGUAGAAGGUGACUUCACCAAGCAAGGAGUUCAUCACAUUGAGGUUUACACAAUGUUGCCCUGGCUUGUUCUGAAAUGUCCGGAUCAGUUAUUUGCUAUACAAAGUACAAAUUACUGGUUUAUAAACUGCAAUUAAGUUUGGGACUGUACAAAAUAUAUGUCUUAAAAGGUUAUAACACCUCUUGACAAGUUCAUCUUUUGAGCUUUUUUUUGUAGCUAAUAAUGAAAACUUCCAUAAAUUCUGAAAUUCCCUUAUGCGAUCUUGAUUAUAGUCUCAUAAUAUAGGUUUCAAAGCACUAUGUACGUGCUAGAAUUCUAGGAUGCUCUGUGCCACUGAACAUAACAAAUUAGACAGUAUUCCUCUUUAAUUCUGUGCUGAUAAGAAACUGCGAAUUACUUUCAAAGGCAUCAGAGCUGCUUUCAGAGAAGAAGUAUAUAGCACAUCAUUACCAGCAAAGCCCAUGUGGUUCCUGGUGCUCUUCUCGUAGAAGCUAAUCAAAUUAUUGAAAACUAGUGACAACAGAAAAAAAAGAUUACGAGAUUCAGUAUUUAAAAAAUAAAUCAAAUUCUUUUAUGUCAAAAGGAGUUGAUAGUAUAACCUAUUGAAAUGCUAAUGAACAUAGCGUUACAAUUCAGGAGUCUGACAAUAUCCAAUUAAAAAUAUUUUCAAAACAAAUUCAUAAACAUUACAAUUAUUAAGUCCAUGUUUGAUUCACAAAGCUUUGUUUCAAAUAUCAUUUGUAUUCAGCACAUUAGACAUUUUAAGCAGUAUCAGGAAUUUUAAUAACCGUCCCGUAUAGUAGAUACUUUUUGAAGAUUUUUUACAUUUGGUUUGAUUACGGUCUCUCUAUUACAUUUAAUACCAAUUAUUAGAGCUGUGACACUUAUGUGAUGCAGAAUAAAAGCUAUUGAUCACUUAUACUGUGAACAACCACCUAAUUAGGUUCUGAUUACAAAAGAAAUUGCUAGUUAUCUGAUUCAAUGAGAGUUACCUUUGGAAAUACUAUGAUGUAUGUAGCAGAGGAAGAAAUGGUGUUUUAUAUAGCUAGCCAUGCUACCGCAAACAAAGCAGAGCACCCAAGCUUUUUUCUUUCCCCGUGUAAAUUAAAAGCAUUCUGAAUUCUUAAUUUUAUUAAAAAUAAAUUGCUUAUUAAACAGGCAAGAGGGAAAAAAAACGGCUAAGAGUCUGACACGUAAUGAGGUUUUUUUAGAGGCAUCACCGUGCAAAUUUUGGAGGGUUUUAAAAGCUGGAUGUGUUGUGGAUGUCAAUUUAGCAUGGAGACCUCGUCAAUGCCGUCAUUUGCUACAGUACUGAAGUAUGCAAAUUGUUUCUUUUUUUCCCCUUCCAGUCACUAAAAUGCCAUGUGUGGGGUGCUCAGUGAACAAGCUUAGGCUGGGCUUUAUAUUUUCCACUAACACAUUCAUUUUAUCUACGGAACAAUAAUAUAGAAACAGUCCAAGUAGAGGAGGUACAUAGAGAUGAACUUCUGUAUAAAUUUCAAAUUUAACCAGUUCAGUUGUGUGUAAAUUAAAUCAUGGGCUACUGUAAACAUAUACAAAUGAUCUCUAUCAUUUAACGUAAUGGAAGGGACAGUGUAAUUGGUAUUAUUAAGAGUGUGUAUACUCUGCCACGUUAAAUAACCUGAUUAGUGCGAUUAUGUUUCUUCUUAAAAAGUGUUACACAUAGAAUUCAGACUGAACUGAAAUAUAUGGCUCAGGGUUUGCUCUACUUAACGUAGAUAUUGAUUCCAUAAUCAAAGGGGUACUGAAGAUGAACCUUUCCAAUAUUAGUAAAAAUAAUAACAAUUGAGGCUUUCCCUCGCCCCAGUGCAGGAAAGACAAUCUGCCCAUGGGCAGCAGUCUUACAGGAGUGUCUGCAGAGGGAUUUGGUCAGUAAGGAAGAGUGCAGCCCUUGUUUCACCGACUCUGCUCCCAAAGAUCCCACCUCCUUCCAAAGCAUGGGGAGGGAGAUAGUGAGCAGUGAGCAUGAUCCGUCCAUCCAUCUCCACUAGGGCACCGGCCACUUCCCACUGACCAUCUUCAUCCCCGCUGUGUCAACAGGAAGAAUUAGGAGGAAUAGAAAUUCUUAAUCAUUUCAAAGCAUUGCACAGGCAGACCCAGUCUGGAGACAUGUUCCCAGCCUUUUUUUUUUUUCCAAUGAAAUUAUGCCCCUCUAAGACCCAACCUUUUGAAUAUGAGGCUGUUCAAAAUUUGAGUGAUGGUGCAGUUUGAAUCAGUAGGUUGAAAAGUUGAAAGUACACACCUUUGCUAAGCUUGUGCAGUUAGGCUGGAGAUGAAGAAAAGAAAGUAGGAAUCACCUUGACAUCUCAAUCUAAUUUUAAUUUGUGAUUGUUGGCUUAAUCACGAUGAUAUUCCCAUGGAGGAGAGAUGGUUAGAAACCAGUGAAGGAAAAGAGCAAAACUCAGAACGGCUCCCUGAAGGGCCAUAAUUUUUGUGUAUGUCAAGUGACAGGAGUAUCUCGUACUUAGCUUGAAUUAAAAUAGCCGGAUUCUGCCAGGAACAGGAGCUCAGAGCAAGCAGUAAAAGAUGGAAGAACAAGCAGUCAUUUGUACAGCAGUUAUAACUUUCUCUUAUAAAAUGCAAAUGUUUCUCUUCCACACCAAGGUGUAUUUACCUCACUGAAAGGACUGUUCACUGAGAGCACUUCUGCAUUAAAACUAUUCUGAGCUAAAGAUGCCCCCAAGGUUGUGUUAUACCCAUAAGGUUAGUCCGAGUCUGCCUGAUGUCCCUGACAUCAAAUAGAAAUAUAUUUGCUUCUGAUGAACUUGGCUGAGAAAUUAAUCCAGUGACUGGUUUAAUAUUUCCCAUCUUUAAAUAUUUGCUUUUUCUUACCGGCUCAGUUCUUUCUAUGACAUUUCAAUUAUUGGCUCUUUCGGCUUCUUUUUUAACUUCAGAAGGUCAUUUUCUCCAUACUCUACUGUAAUCCACUUUAUAGAUUUGCCUCCAUGUUGGCUGAUUUUUCUUCUUUUUUAAUUACAGCCUUUGUUUCUGAGGAAAAAAAUAGUGAUCAGGAAUAUGUCUCUACUGAAUGACCAAGACCUUUACAGGGAGAGGAAGGUGCAAGUUCCUAUUUUAUCUGUUUAGCACUGGUGUGACUAGAGCGAGCUGAACAUGGUGUUGCUAUCCCCCAAAUGGAAUUUAAAAUGUAGUUUGGUACUGAAUACGGAUCAAAAGGUCUUUAAGUCUCUCAAUAAUUUAGAAAUAUUCAGAUACUUCUAAUAUAUUUUCCAGUUGGAAUUUUGAAUAGAUAAAAUCUCACUAAGUAGUAUUUUCUUUUGAAGACGUUUGAUUUGGAAAUUUUGAUGGGUCCAUUUUUAAGGUAAAAUCAGUGAGGGUGGUGAAUUCCUAUCUUUAACUCCAUAUUAUCUUGACUUUCAUACACCCUUGUUCCAUAUUCUUCUCAUCCAAGUAUGUUUGCCUUCAGGGUAUGGUUAUGUUUGAUAGAUACAUAUUAGAUAUGGUCACCUCAGUAAUGAGAAGCCAAGUCCUGCAGCUCCUACUUAGAUGCUCCAUUUCUUUUAUCGUUCCUAGAAGCCAAAGCAACAAAUUCAAGUUGUAGCCUAAACAUUAUCUGAAGUUUAAAGGAGCACAGAGUCAACCAAUUUCUCAGUAGCAUUUCUUAUCAAUAUAGAUUGCGGUAUUAUAAAUUGAUACCACCUAAACUAGUCACUAGAGUUCUCUGAGCACAUUUAACCAAAGCGGCUGCAUUUUCUGCUAUUUUACCUUUGCUAAGUGCCAAGACCUGAACUUUUCCAUGCAUACACUGAGCUAAUUGCUGCUGAGAUUACGGCAGCCAAACCUGAUCCGAUUUCAGCAAGGGUUCCUCUUAGUCCAUUUUCUCUGUUUUCAGUUAUCCCAACACACUUUUGCACUACAUUUUACUCUGUAUGAAAGGAGAAUUUCCUACAAACCAGGAGAAAAUGAGUCAUAGAUUUAAGGACAAUUUUCUUUCAAAUCGCUCCUGCCAAAACACCAUGAUAAUUGACUUUUUUCCUUAUGGACUUCAGUCCUCAAAAGCAUUGAAAAUCCCCUACCAACACCUUCAGUCCUUAUAAAAUUGGGCAUUCUGCUUCCAAUAAAUGAGGCCGUGUUUGUUUUCAGGCUUCCUCAAGCCACUCAUUUUGACAACUGAUGUUAUGGAUCGACAUAUGUAACUAGAGAUGGUGAUGUGGCAUUAUACUACUCCCCAUGUUGGUCACUUCGUGUCAAGCAGUUUUCUAGCAUUGGUACCAACGAUGCGAAGUUCGUUAUGACUCCUUCAGUUGGCCAUUGUCUUGACAGUAGGACAUUCCGUGUCCUGCUGUUUUAAGUGCAAAACUGGUAGGUGUUUUAUUGUUUUACUCUUGUUUGAAAUACAGCCCCAGCUCCUCCCUUUUCUGAGUUAAUUUGCUUGAUCUACUUAAAAGCAUGAAAGAGCUGAAAAUGGUUGACUGAUGCCACCGAGGUCUUGGUAUCAGUCUCAGUAAUGUAAGUCCAUCUCAGGUCAGUAAUCUCAGUCCGUGUUUACUGGCCAGUUGCAUAAUAGCAGUAGCACCGUUGGCACAAACAGGCAGCAUAAUUCUGGCUGACCACAGAUGCCCUGGUAACGUGAGAUAACACCAGCUGGUCCUUAUUGUACCUAGUCUUUGUGUCUGCUUCAUCGCCCAGGCCUGUCUAGCCAGCGUGAGGUUCACUUAGACCACACUAAUAAACAUUUUCAGAGCUACAAGCUGACAAGUAGGUCCUGCCACGCUUGCUAGCUCCAACUCUUUAGCUAGUCUGCCCAGAGUAAGUAGUUGAUUUUGACUGCUGCACUUGUGGUGGAGGCUUAAAAGGUACAAUAGCUAAACCUCAUGGACUUACUGAACCACAGGAGGAUGGAAACUCCUUCAAGCACAGAAGCCAGCAAAUCUGUUGAAACUCUGAAGUAGUUUUCAAAAUAAAAUUAAAACAUCAUGGUCUUCUCCUGCUAAUAUUUAUGGAAUUAGGUAUUUGUGACAGAAAGAAGCUUUGUCAAAACCAGGAGGAAGUCUGAGAUUGCAAAAGUUACUGUUUAGGGAACCACCACUAUUGUAGCAGGAGAUGCUGCAGAGA